CCUCGAGCAUAUAAGAAGGCAUCUCAAUACGCACAUCUCACUCAAGACCACCGGAUCCAGAGACACGGCCAGAGCCUCACUCACCAGCCUCCUGUCCACCAUGAAACUCGCCAUCAUCGUCACCCUGGCCAUCCUGGCUCUCUGCUGCAGCCCUGCUUCUGCAGAAAUCUGCCAGAGCUUUACAGGCGUCAUUCAAAGCCUCUUCCUGGGCACACCUGCCAGUUUCGAGGCUGCAGUGGAACCCUUCAACCCUGAUGCAGACAUGAAAGCUGCGGCGACCCAGCUGAAGACGCUGGUGGACUUACUCCCCAAGAACACCAAGGACAGCAUCUUAAAGCUCACGGACAAAAUAGCAAAGAGCCCACUGUGUGCUUAGGAUUUAGAAGCUGAAGAGCUCCAGUUGCUGGAAGCCCCUGCCACUGCCAGGAUGUUUCUUCACUGUCCCCAACAGCCUAGGCUGGCUCUCUUUAAUAAAGGAUAAGCAUCUCA